AUGGCACAUGACAUAUAUUACUUAAGAAGCAAAGAGGGACUCUUAAGUAAGGUGGUUCCUAUUCCGGGAAAUAUUGGUGAAUCAAAUCUUGGUAUGGAUCCUGAUUUAAUGAUGGAAAUAGCACAAGAGGUAGAUGUAAUCAUAAAUUCAGCAGCCAAUACAACAUUUGAUGAGAGAUUUGAUGUAGCCGUAAACAUAAACACAAGAGGGCCAUCUCGAGUACUUGAUUUUGCAAAGAAGUGCAAGAAACUUUGUUGUUUCAUACAUAUAUCAACUGAAAACGUCGUAGAGACUCUCAACCCCAAAAGCUCACCAUUAUUACACCCUCCUGUGGAUGUUGAUGCUGAAGUGAAGUUAGCUUUGGAUUCGAAUCUUGCUUUUCAUGGAGAUGAAGAAAUGGCUCGGAAAAUGAAAGAAACGGGUUUAGAAAGGUGA